AUGUUAUCAUAUGUUUCAACUGAAAUGAGAAUUGUUUGUUAUUAUCCAAAUUGGUCACUUUAUCGUGUAACAAAUAUACCUAUAUUAUAUCCUGACACAAUUGAUUCAUCACUUUGUACACAUAUACAUAUAGCUUUUGCAUUAAUUAAUCCAACAACACUUAAAAUUGAACCAAGUGAAAAACAUGAUACACAUUAUACAGAUGCAUUUGAUAAACCAUUAUAUUUGAGAAUGCAUGAAUUAAAACAACAUAAAUCAUCAUUAAAAUUAUUAGUAGCUGUUGGAGGAUGGACAGCUGGUAGUGAAGCAUUUAAUAAUAUUUUAACUAAUUCUACAACUCGAACAAUAUUUAUUCGACAAACAAAAGAAUUUUUACAUCAAUGGAAUUUUGAUGGAAUUGAUUUGGAUUGGGAAUUUCCUGGUGAUAUUGAACGAGGUGCUAUGAAUAAUUCUCGAGAACAAUUUAAUAUUCUUAUCAAAGAAAUUCAUGAAUCAUUUCAUAAUGAUAGUAAUCCAUUUCUUUUAACAGCUGCUGUUAGUGCUGAUCCAACAAAAGUUGAUCAAGGUUAUGUUGUAUCUGAUUUUUGUCAUUAUCUUGAUUAUGUUAGUGUUAUGACAUAUGAUUAUCAUGGAGCUUGGGAUAAUGUCACUGGAAUCAAUGCACCACUUUAUGGAAAAAAUUCAUUAGAAGAAGAUGAUAGUGAUGAUGGACGAUGGAAAAAUGUCAAUACUUCAAUUCAUUAUUGGUUGUCUAAAGGUUGUUCAGCAAAUAAACUUAAUUUAGGUUUAGCUAUGUAUGGUCGAAGUUUUACAUUAACAAAUGAUUCAAAUUCAAUUUCUGUUGGCACAGAAACAAUUGGAGGUGGUUUAGCUGGACCAUAUACGAAAGAAAAUGGUACUUUAGCAUAUUUUGAAAUUUGUCAAAAAUUACGAGGAUUCAAUUGGACAAGAGUUUUUGAUACAGAUGCUCAAGCACCCUAUGCUUAUAGUUCUUCGUCUUUAAAUUCCUUGGAUAGACAAUGGGUUGGUUAUGAUGAUUUACAAAGCAUCACUGUCAAAGUAUUGUAUGCUAAAACAUUAGAUUUAGGUGGAGUAAUGGUAUGGUCUCUUGAUCAAGAUGAUUAUACAGGUUUAUUUUGUGGUCAAGGACAAUUUCCAUUUAUACGACGUGUUCAUGAUAUUCUUUUUUCAUCAAAUAAAUAUAAUAAACAAGAAUUUGUCAAUACAACAAAAGCAACAAAAUUACGUACACAACAAAAAGUUAGUUUUGUUCCUAUUCAACAAUUUACACCAAGACGUCAAAAAUUAACAUUAACAUCUAUACAGACAUUACCAAAAUCAAAAACUUUUAAUGCAAGUGUUAAGAAUAAUAGUGCUUUUUAUUUGUUAUUUAUUGUUUGGAUGCUUUUAUUAAUACAAUAA